AUGCGUAAUGUAGGUUUAUCCCGUCCUAUCGACCAUUCGACAUCUCAACAACAUAUCACCAACAAUAGAACUGUUCAAAAUCAAGGUUUAGUUAGUUCAUCAACUACACAUUCGAAUUCUUGUACCAACCAACCACUGUUAUUAUCACAUUGUUUUCCUGUUCCUAGUACUGAUAGUGUCAUGACAAAUCAGUCUAGUUCAUCGAAUAUCAACAACACCAUCAUUCAUUGUCCAAUGCUCAACCAUCCAUGUUAUACCACCAAUAGCCAUCAUCAAUCUCCAUUGAAUUUUCGUCCAUAUCAUCAACGUGCAGCAACAUCUAAUGGUCCUCACAAUUCAACAAGUAAUAUGAAUCAGCUUCAAUCAAACGGAAAAAGAAAAAGAAAAAAAAUUGAUGUUCAACAAAAUCAAAAAUCUUCAUCUUCAUCUUCAUCCUGUUCUUCAUCACCAACAAGUUCAACAAAUGGAUCCACUUCCUCAACAAACACCAACAGUAUUAUUAGUCAUGUUCAACCGACAAGUGCUGUUGCUGUUCAUUUACAACCAAAUUUAUUCGAAGUGAAUGCACCUGUUUCAAUUAUUAAUCCAUUUAGUAUUGAAAUAUCACAACAGGCACGACAGUACGCGGAAACGCGUUAUGCCUUUCCGUCAUUCAUCAUCAAAUUCCAACAAGAUAUUAAUGAAAGUUCAGUAUUAAAGUAUUUAACAACCCAUUAUUCUUACAAUUAUAAUUCGGAUUUGAAUUUCGCUGGUCAUCGACUAAAACUUAAACGUGAUUUAUUAUUAUUUGUUAAUGAUCGUGAAUCGUUCUCAAUGCUCUAUGAUACUUCAAAAUGGCCGUCGACCAUCGAAUCACUGAAUUUUGAAAAAAUUCUACCUACUCAUCUAUCACCUCAAUUUUCAUUAGUUCUUAAAAAUGUUCCAUUUGAUAUUGAAAUUGAUACAUUACUAACAAACACUAAAUCUAUUUAUCUAGAUGUAAUGAAUGCACAUCGAAUUCUUAAUAAAAAUCAACACCCUACCACAUUAGUUCGACUUGAUAUUAACAAUAUAAAUGGCAUUGAUGAAUUAGUUGGUAAGAAAUUUCUUUCUAUUGAUAAUUUAAGACUUGAAUUGAUGGAAUACUUGGCGCCAGCUAAGGUGUUGAUAUGUAUCAAAUGCUACCAGAUUGGACAUUUUAGAAGUACCUGUAAAAGUACUUUAGAAUAUUGUAAAACAUGCGGAUUUAGUAGUAAAGAUCUAAAUCAGCAUAAAGAAAAAUGUAAUAAAAAACAAUAUUGUAUUAGAUGUAAAGGUUCACAUGAUUCCAACGAUGUACGUUGCCCUGAUGUUAAAACAUACAGGGCUGUACUCACAAAAUCUCUUUUAGCUAAAACAAGUACAAUGAAUCAUCAACAAAAUAAUCAAUCAAAAUUCCACUAUAAAGAUCAAGAUUAUCCAUCAUUAAAUAUGAAUUACAACAACAAUCAUCAUAGAAUAAAUAAUUUAUCAAACAUUUCAAGUAAACGAAUUGAUGAACUAUACCACAAGUUGAGCAAUUUAGAAGGCAAUUUGAAUCGUCUGUUAGAUUUAAAUAACAACUAUGCUGACCAACUUACUCGUACACAACAAAUAAUUAUGAAUCAUAAUCGUGAUAUACAAUUAAAACAAAUCGACGGUGCAUUCCAACGUGAUUUCGUCAGUCAAUUUAUUUCUCCAAUUUGUCAAGUAAUGAUUGAAGUGAUUUCGGUCUUAGUUAAACGAAAUGUAUUGAACGAUAAAACCUUACUUUGUCCUUCGCUAUUAGCUCUUUGUGCCAAACUAGGAAAUGAUCUCCCGGUAUGA